CCUUCCCGCCUCGUCCACAAGGCUCCAGCUACCGCAUCAUCAUCAAGCUCUCCAUAGCCUCUCAACCCAGCUCCAGCUCUCCAUCAACAACCACCAAUACCGCAAUCGCUCUCCCUCCCAUCUAAUCGAAACACCAUAGCACAUAUCCGCCUCGAUCCACCAUGGCAUCCACAGAUCCCAAGACCACAGACGACAAGCCCGCUGAGCAGAAGCCAGAGCAGAAGCCCGCCGCUCUCGGCGAGGACGACGAGUUCGAGGACUUCCCCGUCGACGACUGGCCAGAGGAUCAGACCGAGGCUGCAAAGGGCAGCGGCGAGACAAAGCACCUUUGGGAAGAGAGCUGGGACGACGAUGACACGAGCGACGACUUCUCGCAACAACUUCGAGAGGAACUGAAGAAGGUCGAGGCUGCUAAACGCCGAUAGAGUUAUGUUGUAACGAUACCGCGAUUCGAAAGGAAUUAUAGAACGGGAAGGAUGAGUCUGUGGAAAAGACAGAUCAGAUGGAAUAAUUAAAUACCAAUAGAGGCGCGCGAAAGCGCCAUGAAGCAUUGCUGAACGUUUCGAGCGAGACCCGUUGUGUACAUUUGUAUUGUUUCGAGGACUGCAACUGUCAAUGCCUCCUACGUGACAGAAAUACCUGGACAGGUCCAUGCUAAAAU